AUUUCUCUGAUAUUAAAUUUGAUUAAUUUGUUGUUGUUGUUGUUUCUGUUACAGUUCCCAAUCCAAUAUGGAUUCAAUAACAAUAUCAUCAAUGGGUGAUGACAGAUUUUCGAAAUUACCCAAUUCAUUGAUCAUUCACAUCCUAUCGUUUCUUCCAACUAAAGAUGUGGUUACAACAUGUCUUCUUUCGAAACGAUGGAAACUCAUUUGGUACUCAGUUCCCACAAUCUUUUUCUCGAAUAAUAUUAGUCAUAGACUUAUUAGUGUAGUUGAAUGGAAACAUAAUCGAAAAAAGUUUUAUAAUUAUGUUGAAAAAUAUUUGGAACACCGCAAAAAAGGUAUGUAUUUUAUCGUCGAUUCAGUCAUAACUAGUUUUAACCUUAACAUGAAGGGUACCUAUCAAAGAAGUAAGACUCACAUUUUGGAUAAAUGGUUAGCUUUUGCAGUUGAGAAUAAGAUUAAGGAAUUGUAUCUAUCUAUAGGUCGAGCUUAUAAUAAUGGUGAUAAUAUUGAGUCUUUUUAUUGCUUACCUAAGAUAAUAGACAAUGCAAGAUUUUUGACUAUUUUGGAGUUGAAUGCAGUGAGGUUGGAUACCACUUCUCAUUUGUUUAGUUUUCCAUCUUUGAAAACUUUGUCAUUGGAAAGAAUUCAACAAUCAAAUACUUCAAAAGAUCAUGAUGUUGUGUUUAAGUUUUUGUUGGGUUGUCCUUCUCUUGAGAAAUUGCGACUACAUAAUUAUGAGUUUUUGUGCGGUGAUGAUAAGCCUCCACUACAAAGUUUAAGCCUCGAGGUCUUGGAAUUGAUAGAUACAGAAAAUGUAAAUGGUUUACAAGUUGAAGCCGUAAAUCUUGAAUCUUUGAUACUAAGCGGUGUUUCUGUGUGCAAUAUAAAUCUCUCUAGUUGCGAGAAAAUUCGAAAUCUCUCAGUUAAUGAUACUAGUGAUGUUUUCCAAUUAUCAUUAAAUGCUCUUAUUUCUAAAAUUCCUCAGCUUGAGAAUUUUACUUUGAACACUUGGUAUGCAUAUGAUCCCUAUGACGAUCCUCUCAGAAUCUCUGGACAAUGGUUGAAAAGUUUUAAUUUUAAGAAUUGUCACUUUGAACCGUGCAAUAUUACAAUUGAAUCAGCUCCGAAAUUAGAAUACUUUUGUUACGAAGGUUGUCUCGAUCUAAGCAUAUCAAUAGAGCCAUCGAAUUCCUUGAGUGGAAAAAUUGUGAUUUCUAAGGAAGAUGAUGGCUAUGAUACAACUUGGUAUAUUGAUAUGAUGAAUUUUCUUUUGAAUCUCAAUUGCUCUUGGAAUACUCUUACCCUACAUAUUAAAGAAUAUGAGGCUCUCAUUUGGCCAAAAAAAUUGAAGAGGGUAUGCCGAUCUCCAUUGCUUAAUUGGAAGCAUCUCAGAGUUAUUACUAAUGAUAGUAAUCCCGAAAGAAUAUCAGAUUUGAAGAACUCGUUAAUGUGGAUUUCACCUUCUUUAGAAACAUUGUUUAUUGACAAUAAGCAGAUAUUUUAGUUGCUUUAAAUUAUAGUUACUUCUGAAUAUAAGUUUGGGAUGACUUUUUUUUAGUCCUUUUUGAGAUUGUUUUUAAUUUACUACUUUGCAUAAGAAUGAGGUAUUAUUUUUUUUUUCUUAAAAUUUAUUGUGAACUAAUGUGAGUGUUCUUAUAUUUUAGUUAGCUUUAAAAUAUUAGUGCUACCAUUUGCUUGAUUUCUUGUUCUGACCAAAAUUUUGAAGUUUGUAAUUUUACUGUAUGGUUUUUAUGUU